AUGACUAGCUCUGAAUCUCAGCUUCACAAUGUCUUUGUCUACGGUAGCUUUCAAGAACCUGACGUUGCCAAGAUCAUGCUUGAUCGUACUCCAGAGAUCAUCGCUGCAACACUCCCUGGCUUUAAGAGGUUUAGGCUCAAAGGACGUUUGUAUCCAUGUAUAGUGCCAUCUGAGACUGGAGAAGUCCAUGGAAAGAUUCUGAUGGGAUUAACAGAUGAAGAACUUGAGAAUUUAGAUACUGUUGAAGGUAAUGACUAUGAAAGAGUGACAGUUGGGGUUGUAAGAGAGGACAAUUCAGAGAAGAUGGCAGUGAAAACAUAUAUAUGGAUCAAUAAGGAUGAUCCUGAUAUGUUUGGAGAGUGGGAUUUCGAGGAAUGGAAGCGACUACACAAGGAGAAAUUCAAAGAGACUUUCAAGGAUAUCAUGGAAUGGAAAAGGAAUCCUCAAGGAAAGGGAAGUUAUGAUAGGCCUGUCCUACGCGAAGAUGACGGUAAUACUCCAUCGUCUUAA